AGCGGGUCCGCGCCGCCCGCGAGGCGGAGGCAGAGGCAGCGCGAGCGCGGGAGGUCGCCGCAGCCGGGGACACCGCGCGCCGCUGCCCAACAUGGUCGCUGCGCACGCUGCCCAUUCUUCCUCCUCCGCCGAGUGGAUCGCCUGCCUGGAUAAAAGACCACUGGAACGAUCCAGUGAAGAUGUGGAUAUAAUCUUCACACGGCUGAAAGAAGUUAAAGCUUUUGAGAAAUUUCACCCAAAUCUCCUUCAUCAGAUUUGUUUGUGUGGUUAUUAUGAGAAUCUGGAAAAAGGAAUAACAUUAUUUCGCCAGGGUGAUAUUGGAACAAACUGGUAUGCUGUCCUAGCAGGGUCUUUGGAUGUUAAAGUGUCUGAGACCAGCAGUCAUCAGGAUGCAGUGACCAUCUGUACUCUGGGAAUCGGGACAGCCUUUGGAGAGUCCAUUCUGGACAACACACCCCGCCAUGCGACCAUCGUUACCAGGGAGAGCAGCGAACUGCUCCGCAUCGAGCAGAAGGACUUCCAGGCGCUAUGGGAG